AAACAUCCAAGCUAAAAACAUAUUCGACGCAUUUUGUAUAAAGCUCAAACAAUUCAAUUAAUCGCCUCUAUUACUCAAAAAAAAUGUCGACGUUUUCUAAAAUGUCGACGUUUUUUGGCUUCAAACCACGUCGAAAUUGCGAGUGUCGACGUUCCAGGCACGAACCUCAACGGAACGGUCGGGACAUUUGCAACUCGUGUGGGCUGUAUAUCCAAGAAUUCCGGCCCAAUUUGGAACGUUUAAAAAAUCUGGGGCCGGUUGCAUCCAGAAAUCAACUAGACAACUUGGAUUGGAUAGAUACCGAAGAGGAUCUUGAUCCUCAACUAGUUUUUGAACCGGAAGUAAAGAGCGUACAGAAAGUGGUUCCACCGUCGAAACCCGGCUUGAGUGAUGCCCUAGAGUGCACAAUUUGUCUGGAUCCUGCCGCAUCCCCAAUUAAUCACUGCGACAAUGGCCACAUCGUUUGUGGAUUUUGCGUAGAACGGAUGACAGAAUGUGGGCUUUGUAAGACGAAGUUGACACCAUCUGUUUUGGCUGAGCGACUGUCUCGACAACUCGACUUGACUUGCAAUUGCCCGAACUUUUCAUCCGGCUGUGUUGUCCCGUUUGCCGCAGCGGAAGUCAAGAACCAUGUAAAGGAAUGUUACUACAGAAACGUAAUAUGCGACAUAACCUGGCAACAUAAAUGCGACAAGAUUGAAAUCCCUUUCGAAGACUUCGCCAUGCAUUUGCUUAGCACUCAUGGAACGAAUUUGUACACCAUUAUUGAUGGGAUGAGGGCAUCUGAACCAGUCACUUUUCCCCUGGAUGGGGACAACUUUGCCUACCCAGGAGCUUCAGGAAUCUAUCGAAUACUGAAGAAGAAUGGGGAAACAUUUUUUCUGCAUUUCCAUACCACAAAGAAAUUCGACUAUUUGUGGGUCACGGUUCUUGGAGAUGCAAAGGAGGCUGAGAAACAUUGGUUUAAUUUGAAAAUAAGCCAUACUAGCGACACUAGAAGACAGAUGGAGCAAUCUUACACGAUUCCAGUGUUAGCGUAUCAUCCUUACGCGAAGUAUGAGGUGACGACAAUGUUUGAGAAAUGCGUUAUGAUUCCGGCUUCUCUCGUGAAGCAGUAUGGAGUGAAGGAAAACGGCCAAAAUAAAGAUCGAUUGGUUCUAGUUCUUGCAUAUGACAUUGUAUAAAAAGAUUUUGAAUGUUUCCGUGUUUAUUCCUUUCUAAAAUGCACAUUUCAAACAUGUUUCUCGCGGAUAUUUUUAAAAUCAGGACUAAAAAAUUAAUUAACUUAGCGCAAACGAGUUCUGCAGAAGGACUAGUCGCAUUUGAGGUGGAUCCUGGGCUAAGAUUUUCAAUUGUUUGUUUCGAUAGUUUUAAUCGUUUAAUUUUAAAGAUCAUGAUGGGAAAAGAAUAAAUCAUUAUGGUAGAGUUGAAUAAAAAUGCUUGCAACAAGUCUUAUGGGCUUAAAACUGAAACGGGUUUAAGAAGUUUCGCAAAAACGAGCAUAAUCACCAUCAGUAAGUGGGGACGAGAAUACCUAAUUUGUAUCUAGUUUCGCACAUUUUUGCAGAUUUAUAAGCUUUUUAACUUCAUGAUUUCUGUAAAGGUGCUCAAGUACCACGCUAAAUUUUGUUUAUGUUUAGUCACUUGAUUUUAUAAUGCUGGUUUUAAAAAGAGCAGCGACUUACGACAUGUGCAUUGUGAGUUUAGUUUACCUUUUCGGUUUCGGUUUAAAACGUUGCAGGCGUUCUGUCAGCUAAUUUUUUUCGUACAUAUCAACUUGUGUAGCAUGAAUAUGUAAUUAUUAGCCAAACGUAUGCGAAAUUGUUUAAAUAAAUAAGCAGAAGUUCUGUACAUUUACCUGUUAAA